CGGACACACGAUUCGAAUCGGGGCUUAUUAUCGUGAUGGGAGUUCAAUCAAUUGCCUCAUUCACUCCUUGACCCAUGCGCGUCUCAACCUUUGUCCCCGCGCGCGAUUCGCGUCAUCGGCAUGCUUGCUUCGCGCUCUACCGCGCCCUCGUCCGCGAGGGCCGCCGGGUUCCUUUGCCCAGCGACCUGCUAAGCUCCGACCCUUCCCAUCCGCACAAAGGCCACCCUAUCCCGGGGCUCAUUCAGAAGCAAUUUCGUCGGAACAGGGGCGACGUGAGCAAGAGGCUGGUCUUUGUCGCUUUAACUGCCGGCUACAAGUUUCUCUCCAUAUUCCGCGAAGCGCAGUCCCAAUGCUCCGACGCCCACACCAAGAUAGUCUCCCUCGUCCGGCCCAGAGUCGAAGCAGCCCGCCGCCACCAAGCCGCAGCCGCAGCCGCAGCCGCAGCAGCCGCCGCUCAACAUCCCCCCUCCGACUCGCAACCAAAGCCAAAACGCCCCCCACUCCUCACGCGUCAAAUCAGCCCCGACGGAAAAAUCACCUACAUCCCCACAGGUCGGCCAAUCCCCGUCACCGAACUCAGCAAACCGCGGAAAAUCCCCCACGUCUUCGUCACGGCCGAAGGCAUCCCGUUCCUGCGCAUCAAGAAACCGCAGCCGCGGGCCCUGGGCGGGGUGAUCCGCGACCUGACGCGGUCGCGCAUCAAGUCGGUCGAAGUGGCCGAGGCGCUGCGCAACGAGGGGAUCGUGCACGCCGGGUUCGAGGACCAGUGGGAGGACCUCGUGGCGCGGGAGGCGGCGCGCGAGGGCGGGGCGGCGGCGGACCUGCUGGACGGGUCUCGGUCUCGGUCUCGGUCUCGGGGUGCGGUGGAGGACGAACGGAGGGCGAAGUAUGCGGGGAGCGUGCGGGCGGCGUUGGCGGCCAUGGCGGAGAGGAUGCGGCGGUCGAGGUUGCAUGGUGUGGCGAGGACGGAGGCGCUGGUUCGCAUUGCCGAUGAGGAGAAGAGGUUGUUCUUGGAGGAGAGGGCUUAUUGGAAGGACGAGCGCAGGAAGAAGAGGCGGGAGGCGAAGGAGGGAGGGUGAAAGCGUUCAUUCCCUUGUCAGGAAUUCAUGCAUGGGCAACGGAGGGAAGAGAAAGCCGGCUCUUAUCUUGACGGCGUAUGACCAGCGUUUCCAAAGGCCCAGGUAUCAGGAGAACGAAGGGUCAGCUCCUGCAACGGGAGGUUGUACAAGGUGGGUGCAUUGUCUCGCAUCUGCCUGGCACUCAGUAUGGAGGGGACAGCGGGAAAUGCAAGGGAACAGCCAAAGACGACGAGUCGCAUGCUCUGGCUAGCAUCCAAUUUGCGUCGUCGGCCACUGGUGUCGACCAACCCAGGGAAGGGUCACAUUUUUUUCACAUAUACUAACCAACAUACACUAUGAUCCUGGCCUUGUCAUACGGAUCCUGCGCAAAGAGAAGGAAUUGGGAAUACACCAGGAUCGAUUAGAGAAUUGAAUGCGAUGAAUAGAGAGACAAUGUCC